CAGACUUCUAGGUGUUUGGGAGAGGUGUCGAACCGGUGACCGGUUUGAGAUUGGCUAUGGCGGGACGACGAAUCCUCCGCCAGGUCUGGAGGCGCGGCGCUCGAUGGAGGGAUUCCACUUCGUUCUCCACGCGUGCGAUCGCCCCGGCAUGCGAUAUUUCGAUCGAUCGAGGUGCGCCUUUCGGUUCUAGAGUUUUCGAGCUAUGGCGCGGCUACUCCUCGGUUGGGACGAGUAAGCAGCGGCAAUGCUGGUCGUGUGGGGCGGCCGCGCAGGCGGUGGUUUUCAUGCUGUGCCCGGCGUGCAAGAUCAUCCAGCCGGCCAAUCGAUUGGUGAAUUUCUUCGAUAUUUUCGACUUGAAGAAGGAAUUCGAGCUCGAUACAGGAGAGCUCGAGAAGCGGUACAAGAAUUUGCAAAAGAAGCUUCAUCCUGAUCUCUACAGCAUGAAAUCUUCGAAAGAGCAAGAAUACUCUGCCGAUCAAUCCUCUCAAGUGAUUAAUGCGUAUCAGGUCCUCUUGAAGCCUUUGUCUCGAGCUACUUAUCUGCUGGAAACUUUCGGGGUAGACGUUGAAGAGGAAGGGACUGUCACCGAUCCAGAAAUCCUGAUGGAGGUGAUGGAAAUGCAAGAAACUAUCAGCAGUUGCUCGGACUCAAACAAGCUCCAAGCACUCAAAGAGAAAUCACACUCGAGAAUGCUCGACUACCAGAAAACUUUCGCGGAAGCAAUGAAGAGAAGCGAUCUCGACGCUGCGAAAGAAGCCGUGCAGCGCAUGUCCUACUUCCACCGGAUCAUCAACACGAUCAUUCAAAAACUUGCAACAAGAAAAAGAGAAGCUCCAGGACAAAGCAAAUGCUAGAACGGAUUCUGGAACCGGUCGUACUGCUGCAACCUCUGCUUCUUCUUGUGAGUGUUCCAUCCGAUUAUUCCUAAGACUACGAUGAGCAGGAGCAAAACCAGGAUGAUCCCCUGCCAGGAUCCUCCCUUGUACGAGCUCUCGAUCGAGGGCGAGGGAGCGAUCGGCGUUGGUGGCGUCCCAAAGUAGAGAAGAUCUCUUUGCUGCCGCGGCCUGCCUUGCAUUGUCUCAUGCGUGUGGCUAUGGCUUCCAGGGAGACCAAGAACAAGAAGCAGCCAUUGGGAUUGCAAGAGGUUUUCGGUUUCGCUUUGACGUGGCCUAGUGAGUCAAUCGCUACAGUUAUAAUUCAGUGAUCUAUCAAAAGUUUGGUUUUUAGAAUCCGGGGAGAGCAUCAGCUUGUCAGAGGUGAAAAAGCUUUCCUCACGAUCCAAUCGGAGUGUAGAAUAAGUUUUGCUGGAUCAUCAUCUGCU